UACAAACAGUGUAGAAUUCAUGAGAAAAUAAAAAUGACUGGUUUCUCGAUUUUUGGUUUGAUCUUCAGCAUCAUGUAUACUCUCCAUCCUGGUGGACCCUGGGUCACGGCACAACCACCCAUUUAUCAGACUGAUAAAGAGCUCAGUGUGGAUGUCGGAAACUCGGCUACUCUACGCUGUUGUGUUUCGGAAAAAGCAGUUAAAACAAUUGCCUGGUUUAAGCAACGAAACCUAAAAAAACCCCAGAUUAUAGUUACAGUAAAUACAACUGAUGGAGAGAAGUUUCAUAGUGGAUCCAAAAUGUCCAGUUUAAAAAUAGAAAGAUCUUUAAACUGCAUUAAUCUCACCAUUUUUAUUGUGAUGCAUUCUGAUGUAGCCAUGUAUUACUGUGCACUGAUGGAACCCAACAACCUUGUGUUUGCAGAUGGAACUUAUUUAAAACUUAAAGGGGAGGAAGUGACUAUUGCACCAGAAACAUCUAAACCAACCCAGCUUGAUCAUUCAGUGGUGUGUGAAGUGACACUGCCUGGAAACAACAUUAACAUAAACAGCCAAGAGAUAACAGUACUCGGGUUGGGAGCGGCUUUGGGCUUGUGCGUACUUCUGAUUUUCGGUCUCUUCUAUUUUAUACUGAAGAGAAGAAAAUGUGAUAAAAUAAAUGCGUCUGUUGAAAACCCUCCAGAAAUGAUGCAGGAAGCUGAAUCUACGGUCUGUUACGCAUCUUUAAAUUUCUCCAAGCAGACACCAAAAGCUGAAAGAAGAAACUCUGGCUCAUGAGAUACGAGUGUGCACUUCGGUGUGAAGGACACUACAAGACUUAACAUUAAUGAUUCAUAACACACAACACUAUUAUACUGCAAAAACAUGAGAAUAUUCUAGCAAGUGAAGAAUGUCUUGAGUAUAUCGUAAUUUAGUCCAUGUUUUCGAUUACAAGAUGAAAGGAGCAAUUCACGUCUAGAAGUAAAAUAAUCAAUAGUCUAUAGAAAAAUAUUUUUCAGUAAUUAUAAUAAGUAUUAUUUAAAAAAGCCUUCUAUUUUGGCCUUUUCUACUUUGACUUUUUUAAUGAAUCAAUAAAUGUAAAGUACAAUUACUUUAAAUAGAGUUUUGAAAAUGUUAAAAUUUAUGCUUUAAAGGUUUUGAAGGUUGUAGGUUGUGACAUUCAUAUUAACUAGGGAACGGGCAUGAUUUAUUCACCUACUGUACCUCUGUGUUAAAUUAUUAUUAUAAAAUAUAAGGGUCAGGUAGUUGUUAGAAUAUUUCCAAUUUAUGUAAAA